ACUCUUGAGUGUAGGGUGUGUUGCCGCGCUCAUCAUAAUCAUGAGAGUUCUCAAACCCCCGCACUGCUGAGGUGUCAUGGUGCGUGCUGGUUCACGGCUCCUAUCUUAUAUACUCAGCGAUGGAGGUCGGGAUGUGCGGUGGCUGAGGUCGGGAGAGGGAGCAGCAGCAACUGCACCCGUAGACCCUGGGAGUGGCAACUGCUCCUCGGCUUGUGCGUGUGCCCGCUUAUAUACGGAGAGCCUCUGCAGCAGCAGCAGCAGCAGCGGCAGCAUCGGCAGCAGUAUUGCAGUAGCCGCAGCUAGAUGGGUCGACAGACUUCACCAAAAGCUGCUGUAGCCUCGCCUACUGCUGCUGCUGCUGCUGCUACUGCUGCUGCAGACCAUGGAGGGGCGCCAACAUCCUCCAGUACAUGUGUACACGAGCCUACCUGCUCCCAACGCUGCCAAAGCUGGUGUUGCUGCUGCCUCCAACAACCAACUACCGCGGCCGCCUGUCUUCUCCAAGAUGGAGGCCCUGGUGAGAGAGAUGCAGGACCCCGACACCGGCAUCCCCAUACGCAGCCAGAAGCUCUUCCUUACCUCCAUCCCCUCAGCCUUCAUGGGUUACGAUCUGGUGGAGUGGCUCAUGGAGCGCCUCGACCUCGAGGACUCAGGUAAUGGUGAGCUCCCCCUACUCCUCCCCUACUCCUCCCCCUACUCCCUCUACAGGUUCCAGACUCCAUACUACUGGCCGUCACAGAACCACACAGCAGACACUACAGACUACGCCAUUUAUCUCACCAAGCGCCUCUUCCGCAACAAACAAAAGCACGGGCUGGAGGAGUACGAGCUCGAGACCUACGCCAAACUCAAGAAGGGACUGCAGCAUAAGUGGGACUUUGUGACCAUGCAGGCUGAGGAACAGAUGCGGCUGUCGAAGGAGCGCAAGAAGGGCGACAAGAUCGUGACGGACUCGCAGGAGCGCGCGUACUGGAGGGUCUACCGCCCACCUCAGGGCUUCACCAACUGCUUAGAGGUUGCCCCCGUGCCUGACCGUGCCAACAUGGCCAACAGGGUGCGCAUGAAGAGUGUACAGCUCCUGCAGUAUGAGAUUGAGUGGCUGACGAAGGGGCUGGACAGGACGAGAAGCAAGGUGUCGGUGGCGAGCGAGGCGCUCAUCAGCCACUGCGAGGUCUUCGUCGACUACGACCCCUUCCUGGUCACCCCGCACCCCUCCAACCCCUGGGUGUCUGAUGACGAGGAGUUCUGGCUCCUUAAUGAUGACUAUUCUGGCUCCUCAAUGAUGACUAUGACCAUGCACCCCUCCAACCCCUGGGUGUCUGAUGACGAGGAGUUCUGGCUCCUUAAUGAUGACUACACCGACGCGCCUACAGAGAUGCGAGUCAAGCGCUGGGCCAUCAGCUUCCAGGAGCUCAUCUCUGACCCGCUUGGUAUGACGGAGUUCACCAACUACCUGCGCAAGGAAUAUUCGCACGAGAACAUCCGCUUCUGGCAAGCCGUCAACGAGCUGCGCUACGGACCAGCGUCCAACAUGACCGAGGCCGUCGAGAGCAUCUACGAGGAGUUCCUGAAGCCCGGUGCCCCGUGCGAGAUCAACAUCGACGGCAAGACGAUGGAGGAGACGCAGCUGCAGCGCAAGCAGCCCUCGCGCUACACCUACGACCUCGCCUCUGAGCACGUCUACGCGCUCCUACUUAAGAAGGAUUGCUACCCUCGCUUCCUACGCUCUGAGGACUACAAGACCCUCCUUGCCAACGCCCUCCAGCCCUCAGCCAAAAAACCGAGGUUCUUCCACCUGAAGAGCGGUCCAGGGCGCAAGAAGACCUCCACCAGCGCGGGCACCUCCAACAGCCUGGCGCUGGUGGCGGUCACCCCACAGCCUCUCAAGCGCCACGGCUCCGACGAGCAUCAGGGGGGCGCCGCCCCACCCAGGACUGAUGCUGGGGGCGUACAUAUCGGCAGCACACCCACCCCACCUCUGUCUUCACACAAGCUCGAGUGCGACCCGCCAUACAGGGGAGACCUUCCUACUCAGCGAAUUGUAUCGCAAAGCAAAGACGUGUCCAGUUCAUAUACGUCUGGCGAGUCCCAGGACGCCGCCAUGUCGUCCAUCUGUCCAUGGGACACGGCAGAGGCGUCCAACGUAUGUCCCUGGGAGACCAGCGAUCCUCCUCCUACUUCUACUUCAUCCCGAACCCCGACAUCCCAGCCAAGUUCUCUGCCGCUAAUACAGCAGAAAUCAUUUAGAUUGGAGAGCAGCACCACUCACCUCAAAGGCAAACCCCCUGACCGGUCCGUAUCUGUGGACGUUUGUUCCAUGGGACAAAAUCGCGGUAAUUUGAUGGGUGCUGCAGCUCAAGUGUCACCCACUGGUCCCUCUUACUUACCUCCUUCUGCAAGCGAGUCGAAAGUCACUCUAAAUAUUUGUCCGUGGGAGUCGCAAGAUUUGCCUCAAAAACCACAGGAAAAGUCGCGCUCGGUAGAUGUGGAAGUAUGUCCGUGGGAUCAACGUGAUGACGAUGAUAAGAACUCGACUGAUCAUGCAUUUCCUAGUGACCGCGAACUAUCGGGGAGCAAAUCUCCAUCGAUUAGUUCUACUCAUGAAUCAAAAGGGGUCGUUGGCGACGCGUCGAUGCAGCAGACAGAAAUUGAAAAAGUUCACGGAACUUCUCCGUCACUGAGUCUGCAAAACUUGCAUCAAUUAUCUGCAUCUCAGUCGUCUCAGGAUGUGGCAUUAAGGCAGCAAGCGUACCAAUUGAGCACUGAUUUAUCGAAUGUAAAAAUUGAAAUAGAUCAGUCACUUGAAAAUAAUCGCAAAGCCAGCCACCGAGAGCUCUCUGCAUCUGCUUCUGUUCCCUGUACUUCUAUUCUCGGUCAUCAGGCUAACUUGGACUAUUCAGUUCGUUCGGGCCAUUCCUCCGAAGAGUACGAGGUGGAACCCACUCAAGCAGCGACCACCCCUGUCACGGUAAGCUACAAUAUUUCUGAUAUGGCGUCAUCAUCUUGCGAGAAAAGCGAGAGUGUUUCCCUCGGGUCGCAAAUGGAAAGUCAAAAGCAACAUGAUCCAAAAUAUGUUACUUCAAAGCCGCCAAUGGCUAAGAUCCAGAUACCUCGAACUGUCAGCGUGUCUUCCCAAACGCAGACUGAUCCAAUCAUACAGCAUAAAACUAAUCAGCAAACACAGUACCCUUCACGCGACUCUUCCUUCCGGCAUUCCAGCAAACACGGUCACAAGCAAUCCAAACAGGUAGCAGUUCCAUACGCCGUGGAUUAUCCACCAACUUCGCAUUCACAUGUCCAGCAAAUACAAAUGAAGCAAGUACUUAACAGAUCUCAGCAGUUCCAGGCGCAGCUUGACCGUCAGAAGUUCGAAGUGGAUUAUGAAAACUAUUCACUGGAAAAGCCUCAACACGUGAAGGACGAUACAGCCGUUCAACGCAAACAUAGCGAGCCUAACCAAUCGAAAUACAGUCAACAACAUCGACAACAGCAGUUCUACCACAGCAAAGACGACCUCGAAGAUCAUCAACGUUGGCAGCAGAGGCAAGCAAGAGUCCAACAACAACCUGCAGAACAAAGGGAACGACGAGACGACGAGCCACUGUCAGGCAUCAGCUCCUAUGACCAACAGAGACGAGGAGAAGGAAUUGCUGCUCAACGACGUGCCGAUCAACAGAGGGAAAUUGAGCAUCAACAGCGCGAACAACAGAAUGUUUUAGUGGAAGAACAGUUACGGCGAGGUGAAAGACAUGAACAUCAACGCUUAAGUCGGCAACACGAAGUACAAUUGCACGGAGAACAGCCCCUAAUGCCGAAAUUCAACUCGAUCAAUCUGCCGGAACGACCGGUCUCCUUGCAACAUUACUGUGAAAUCGAACAUGGUGAACCUCAGUCGCAUCGAAACCGCAUGAAGGAGUUUGCUGGGGAGGAAAAGCAGCGCUUGCUGAUGAGAGGUCUCGAAUAUGAGAAGACGAGUGAACUCGAACCAUACUCUUCAAUACCUUCUCUAUCAACCAUGAGCCAGGAUUCUUCUUCGUCAAGUAGGGAAUUGCUUCACAUUGUACAAACUUCCUCUACCCACGUUCAGCCACAAAUGUCUUCUUCUCAAGUUCACCAGCACAAAAUGUGCCCUACCUCCGUUUCAACAUCGUACUCCACAUCUUUGGUCCAAUACGUAGGUGCUCCGGAACCCCUCUCAAGUGUGACCAAAAUAUCGUCAGCUAAUUAUACAUCGCCGAUUGUUGGUCGUACGCCGGUUGUAUCUGUGAGCCAGGAGAGCUCUAGCCGGACUGGUAGUGAUGUAGCAGGACCGUCUGGACAGAUUCAGGUUGAAACUUCGUCGGGGAGGAUUCAAAUCGCGACAUCUGUGAGCCAGAAACUGUGUUCGCGGACAUCUGACGAGCCUGUUUCUUCGCAGCCUUCUCUCCCAAAGUCAACCGAAGCGCCCAACAAAGUUUGGGACGACCCAGCUGACAUAUGCCCCUGGGAAGACGAGGAACGCUGCCGAGUGGAUGCACCAUUCGUCAAAACCUACGCAACUCUUGGUUAUUUGUGACCAAACAACCAAGAUAUUCAACUCACUGGUUAUUUGUGACCAAACAUUCAAGAUAUUCAACAGACUUGGUUAUUUGAUACCGGACCUUGUCCAAGACACCUGGUUAAUUGCUCCUUAGUGUUCGGCUUACACUUAAGGAUAUUCGCGACUGAACAUUGACACUUUCUGUAUUCGAAACUUCACGAGGUGAAAGGAUUAAGACUUGAACUUACAAGAGGACUAGCGUUUAAUAAACUUGACAUCAGCUAUAUUUCAUUACAAAAAGUUACACCUUUUCUACAUAUCUAGCCGAUCAUGUUUCAUAUCUAUAGUUGACACUUAAAUUAACCAUACAUAUUUAUUUAUUUUUGACAUCAAGAAACGGAGUCUUCUGCCUUUUCGGUCCAGCAGCAUUCGACACUUCAUGGCUGUUCAGCUCACGGUUGUCAGCAAGAUUGAGCCUAAACUCUCUUACCACACUGGGACAGUAAGAAUUUUUAGAAACAAACUGAUGGAGAACUGAUUGACGGUCUGGAUUCAGCGAAGGAAAGCGUGGAUUAUUAUGAACAUUUGGACUACUGCGAGUUGUUGGCGAGGAGGAAUCUUUGAAGAGAGCCCUUUUCGAAGUCGAGUGUCAUUUAACUGAGCCCUACUUAGGCACCGUCGGAAAGACUUCUGUUCGGAGAUCCCUCAUUGAAAUACUGAUGUGGAAGCGACAUGAGAGAUUUGGUUUACUGGUGUAAACCGCAGCGAUGACCUCGGGUUGAAGCUUCUGACGACCAGCGCUUGUCUCGGUGAGCUCGUAUACUAGUCGCCUCUAACCUUCUGUUCCCCACUGGCCUGUGCUUCAUCAUAAUUACCUUGGCAGACACUUUCUUGCCUACAUCAAUUCGUUGAAAAACUUUCAAGAUAAAAAUGCUUCGUGUUUCAUAAAGGAUAGUGGCAUACAGGAUGGACGUAGACGCGGCUGGUACCGAGGAUGGGUCGAGCUCCCUUGGCACACGGUGCUUGAGCUCCUUGGAAGCUUCAACUCGACAUCGGAUGGAAAACUGAAGGCCGAUGAAAAGCUAACUUGAAUGUUGACGAACGAAGUAAUUUCAUGCGUUGAUCUGAAAAGGAAAUGAUGGCAACCUGACUGAAAGCACAAAUAGUCUUGAAUUGUGGCAUUGCGGUAAGGUUUCUAAGAAUAUCUUUCUGUUUCAAAGUGGUGUGGUUAAAAUUGACACGGAGUGGUGGAAGGAUAAUAAGAAAUAUUUAAAUAGUUUUCUUCGUUAAACAAUACAUGACGAAUGGUGCUUCUGGGUCAUGGGUUGUUCCGGGACAUCACUUUGAAACGCUGGUGAGAACUUGAAUGAAGGUGAAUGCGCAGAAGCAAAAAAAGUGUUGGAGGAAAAUGACAAUUUCUUGAUAUGAUGUAAGUGAGACGAUAAACUUGAGAACCAGAAUUUCCAUGUGAAUAUUGCCACUAUUGAAAGAACAAUCACGGCAACCGUAGUUAUAUUCUGCUGCUGUAGCAUAGGAAAAGAGUAAUAGAUGCAAUUAGUAGGAGAUGCACACUGAAUUUUUAUUAAUUUUACCUAUAGCUUAACAUCUGCAUUUGUUCUAGCUCUAUACCUAUCACACAUAAUGUUCAACAUCUCACAAUGAUUUACUAUAGAAUUACAUAGGAUCAUAUUAUUUUUCUUGAACUUAUCUCUGCCAGGAACAUUACGAAACCGUUCACGUUGACCAGUGACAGAAAUUUCAUUUAGAUGCUCUCGCAUAGCGAGUAAUUUAUUCGUGGAGAGUAAGGCGAAGUUACUGAGGUAGUUCCGGACCUGACGUUAUUAUAAAGAGCUCCUACCCUCUCGGUGUUUCCUUUAUAGCGAUCGUUGUUUGCUAUAAGAAAAGUACGACUCUAUUGUCGAGUUCUGGAAACUUUUUAGCUAUUAUCUGUGUUGUUAUUAUCUAGUAGGUGGUCCCCAAGGUUUGUUUUAUUGUGGAGACGAUGAGACGAAAUGUUUUAUUCGUUUACAUUGUUCCCGACAUCCAUUGUAUCGCUUUCGGUGGGCGAUAAAAAGGCUGUAAGUGAUGCUACUUUUAUCAGAGUUAGCUAUGUUGCAUCUUAAAAUUUGAAUUAUGUCAGGAAUGAGAUUUGGAUUAGGUUAUCUAUAACCUCUCGCUUGAAAAUUUUAUUUGUUAAUGAGCAUUUUUUGUGAUCUUCUAACGUCUCGAAGCAUUACCACAAAUACUAGGAACUCCUCCUACGAUUUUUGGUGAAUUUCAGCGGUUUUCAUAGAUUGUUUUAAAAAUCUUCAAUGUUGAUAGCAUAUAGUUUGUUACUAUAAGAUUGCUGGAAAGAGUUACUGAAACAUGUCCCGUUAUAAAAUUUCCCUAACAACAUAUUUAGCUCAAAAUCAAAGUGAGGUACACUUAAGAUGAGCACGCGAGUUUGGCUUGUGAUUAAAUACACUGAGGCUUCUUAGAGCUGAUUUAUGGUUACGUAACUUCGUGUGCUCUGUAAAAACGUACUCUGUAAGUCGCAUGUUGUACUCCCAUGAAUAUCAUGCAUUUAACACAGAUUUUCUAAGGGUUCUUGCUUAAGUACGGUUUCUGAUUGUAGAUCUCUGGGCCUUAGGUCCGGAAUUUUAACAUUAUCUUCGUGAUCGAAUAUUCCUGAUAGGCAAGUUUUGGUCAUUGAUUUUUUAGGUCUAAUUGUGUUACAUUCAUCUUAUCAUUGACACAUAUUUUUUAUUCGGAAUUAAGGCUCAUUAAAUAUGCCCUUUCUCAAAUAAAUUUAUUCGUUUUCAUACUCAGAUUCGUAGAAUAAAAAUUACCUAAUAAUAUCUCUGAGAAUUAAUAUGUAUUUAACAUAGAUUCGCCAUUUUUUAACCAACUUAAAUUUCAGUUUGAUGCUUAUUGUCUCUGUAUCACAUCUUGAAUUUGACAUUGGCUGAGAUUUCUUGAUUUGACCAAUUCGAGGCAUAUGUUCUCUAAUGUUUGCUCUGAGUUGUUAUACAAGUGAUGUAUGUAGAUGUUCCAGUGUCAAAAAGUGAUGUCAUAUCUGGCGUCUCAAUUUAAGAUAUCAAUAGUCAAGAAAUUGUUGUUGAUGUUGGUAAAUUACAAUAUUAAAUUAUUAUUUUAAAAAUUUCCGAAUAGAAAUUUGCAGAUUAUACGCGUUGUCGAGUCUCUAGUAAUAAGUAAGUGUUAGGAGUUUUAAUGAUGAAUCUGCAUCUACAUUGGAGACGCUUUCGUAGAAUGGUCAAUCUAUAUUACACUUACUGCCUUUAAUGCCUUCAUUUUUCGGACAUAUUAUCCAUUAUUUAAAUUGCUCCAACGAUUUGCAUUUAUCCUAUGAUUACCGGACAUGAUUGCUCUUCUUCAUCGCGUGUUCUGACUCUGGAGUGAAAAUAAGCUUAAAUAAAAUCGCUUAAUGGUACAUUAAUGGUACAACCAUAGAAAUCUUUUUCAUUUCAAUCAAUCAUUGCAAGUUAAAGAUCACUCUAGUGUUUCUGAUCUUCUAGAAAAGUAAGUAAUUCUCAAACUUUUCUACUUCUCUAGUGAAAGUGGCUCAAUCGAUGUCACUUUUAGAAGAGGCAUCUUGCCUCCAACUUUCGCUGUCUCGUUCCUGUAUCACUUGUAACUAAUUACAUGUACGCAGCAUGUACACAUGGUGGUUUUUUCUCGUACGCUGUCAGGCUUUGACUCGUACUCUGUCAGACGUUGACUCGUAUGCAGUCAGGUUUUGACUCGUACGCUGUCAGGUUUUGACUCGUACGCUGUCAGGUUUUGACUCCUUUGCUGUCAGGUUUUGACUCGUACGCUGUCUGGUUUUGACUCGUAUGCUGUCAGGUUUUGACUCGUACUUUGUCAGGUUUUUACUAGUACGCUGUCAGGUUUUGACUCGUUCGCUGUCAGGUAUUGACUCGUACUUUGUCAGGUUUUGACUCGUACUUUGUCAGGUUUUGACUCGUACUUUGUCUGACGUUGACUCGUACUCUGUCAGACCUUGAAUAAAAUGCAAUGUUCAAGCCUCAGGCCUCUCUGAUGUUGCUCGUUUUAUUUGGCUGAAUAUAGAGACAUUUCCAAACUGGUAUCUGCACUAGAAUGUGUGUUUAUUGCACACCCCACACGAUGCAAAAGUAAUAGCAAAUUUUAAUCACGAGUAAGUCUUAUUGUAUUGUUUAACCUUUGAAACAAAGGACAUGAAUGACUCACUGUCAAGUUGUGUUUGCUGUAAGGCAAGAGAAAUAGGAUUGUUGUAGUAGUUUCUAAAAAUAUUUGCAUUGCUAAUUUACUGUAAGAUGAUGUUCGUGUACAUUUUUGGUGUUAGUUUGUUAAUUGGGAGUUUAGGGUUGAAAGUCAACGUUUUGACUAUUGGAAGUAAAGACAAAUUGACUGGAAAAAUUGUACUAGUUGUUCUAGGAACCUAGAUUUUCAUUGAAGAACUAGGUGCAGCAGUGAUCAAAUUCCUUUCGGGAAGUGAGAGUAAAUGCGAACGAUAAUGCAAGACAAGCGAUCAAUAAGAAAAUUUUUAUCUCUGUUUUAUCACUGAACCAAACAUUUUUUUCUGUGAAAUCAGAUUUCUCAUCACCGACCUCACCUCAUUGUUGGUAGGUUUAGGACUUCAGAACUAAUUUUUUGCUGUACGUAACUGUCACAAUUUUUUAAGUGCGACAUUUAUUCACUUUACACUAUGACGUAAAAGCAAGACGCAAGGUCCACUCAGCCAUUUUUUUGAUUGGUGCUCCAGCUGUUGCUUCAAUUGUUUAAAAUUGCUGUAGGUGCGCGCUCAAAAAAUAGGCUAAAAUGCGAGUGUCAUCACUUCCUUACAAAAUAACGUGCUACCAUU